AUGGAGGCGCAUUUCAAUUGAACUGAUUCAGCAAAGGCAAAGGUAAACUCGCGACCGGUUGCAAGUCCACCAAACACUUGUUUUCUGGACGCCGACCACAACAGAAGCACCACAAAAUGACCAAGACCAGAGUUUACGUUAUCGGCGUUGGCAUGACCAAGUUCGAGAAACCUGGUCGCCGCGCUGACGUCUGUUAUCCGGACUUUGCCAAGGAGGCAGUCACCAAGGCGCUGCAGGAUGCCAACAUUAAGUACGAGGAGGUGCAACAGGCUGUUGUCGGCUAUGUCUAUGGCGACUCCACCUGCGGCCAGCGUGCGGUCUACGAAGUGGGCAUGACAGGCAUUCCCGUCUACAACGUGAACAACAACUGUUCCACGGGCUCGAGUGCCUUGUACCUGGGCAAGCAGAUCAUCGAGUCGGGCAACGCAGACUGCGUGCUGGCUCUGGGCUUCGAAAAGAUGGAGCGUGGCUCGUUGGCCUCGAAGUACUUUGACCGUGCCAAUCCCAUGGAGCGUCACAUCACAGAAAUGGGUGAGCUGACGGAAAUCGGCGCCGGGCCAAUGGCUGCCCAGAUCUUCGGUAAUGCCGGCAAGGAGCACAUGAAGAAGUACGGCACGAAGCCGGAACAUUUCGGCAAGAUUGCCUGGAAGAACCACAAGCACUCCGUCAAUAAUCCAUACUCGCAGUUCCGCGAUGAAUACACCCUGGAGCAGAUUAUGAAGUCACCGCAGGUGGUUGAGGGCGUGCUGACCAAGCUGCAGUGCUGUCCCACUUCGGAUGGCUCUGGUGCCGCCAUUCUGGCCUCCGAGCAGUUUGUGCGUCGUCAUGGACUGGAGAAGCAGGCCGUGGAGAUUGUGGGCAUGGAAAUGGCUAGCGAUCCGGAGUCGACCUUCGCCGACAAGAGCCUAAUCAAGAUUGCUGGCUACGACAUGACUCGCCUGGCCUCGGAGCGUCUCUUUGCCAAGAGCGGCUACAAGCCACAGGAUGUGCAGGUCGUGGAGCUGCACGAUUGCUUCUCGGCCAAUGAGCUGGUCACCUACGAGGCCUUGGGUCUCUGUGGCGAGGGUAAAGCUGGCGAGUUCAUCGAUCGUGGCGACAACACCUAUGGCGGCAAAUUUGUGAUCAAUCCCAGUGGCGGUCUCAUCUCCAAGGGCCAUCCGCUGGGCGCCACAGGCUUGGCUCAGUGCGCCGAGCUCUGCUGGCAGCUGCGUGGCCUGGCCGAGAAGCGGCAGGUGGAUGGCGCUCGGCUGGCCCUGCAGCACAACCUGGGUCUGGGUGGUGCUGUUGUGGUGGCUCUCUAUCGUCUGGGCUUCCCGGGCGCUACUAAAGCAAAGUUAUAAAUAAUUUGUUUGAUUUUGUUAAUAUAUGUUGCAUUGUAUUUUAUAUUCUUUAA